GAGCUUGGGACCGAGGGACCACACAGCCAUAGGACUCCGCUGAGCACCAAUGGCCACAGCCAGGAGCCUGGGCCUCCUGUUCUUUCUGCUGCUGACUUCAGAGGAGAAGACCACCGAAGAGCCAAGGAACAUCUGCCGCCGGGUCAAGGAGGACCAUGAGUAUGAGGUCUUCGACUUGAAUGACAUUGCUAGGUGCUUCACCAAGUGCGGGCAAUCAGAGAACAGCGCCUGUGACUUAGGGAAGUUGCAGAGAUACUGGUUGAACUAUGAGUCCUACCUGCUGGAGAAUUCCAUGGAGACUGUGGACAUGCCUUUUGUUAAGGCAUUGAUCCAGAACAUCAGCACGGAUGUCUCAGAAGACCUGCUGUACUCUCUGAUGCCCUCCCAGAUCCCGAGGCAGGUGAUGCAGAAUGAGGAACAGCCUGCUGACAGAGUCCGACUUCCCAAGAGCCUGUUUGGAGCCCUGCCUGGCAACAGGUCUGCAGUCCGGUUGGCCAUAACUGUUCUAGACAUUGGUGCAGGAAAUGUCUUUAAGGGCCCCAAGCUCCUUGAGGACAAGGGCAGCAGUGUGCUGAACAACCGCAUGGUGGGCUUGAGUGUGGGCCAGAUGCACACCACAGGGCUGUCGGAACCUGUAGAGAUCACCUUCUCCCACCAGCGUCAAUCACCUAAUGUGAUCCUCACCUGUGUAUUCUGGGAUAUGGCUAAAGGAGACUGGGACUCCCAAGGCUGCUCCACAGAGCUCGGGGAUGGGAGAACUGUCUGCCGUUGUGACCACUUGACCUUCUUCGCCUUGCUGCUGAGGCCGAUCUUGGACCUGGCCACGGCACAGACUCUCACUCGCAUCUCCCAGGCGGGCAGUGCCGUCUCCAUGAUCUUCCUGGCCUUCACCAUGGUUCUCUACGUUGCGUUCAGGUUCUCUCUACAAAGGUUCAAGGCUGAAGAUGCCCCUAAGAUCCACAUGGCUCUGAGCAUCAGCCUGUUUCUCCUGAAUCUUACCUUCUUGAUCAAUGUGGGGAGCAGCUCUCAAGGCCCCCCAGCCUCCUGCUGGGUCCGAGCUGCCAUUUUCCACUACUUCCUGCUCUGCGUCUUCACCUGGAUGGGCCUGGAGGCUUUCCACCUCUACCUGCUGGUCAUUAGGGUCUUCAAUACCUACUUUGGACACUAUUUCCUGAAGCUGAGCCUGCUGGGCUGGGGCCUUCCUGUUCUUGUAGUUAUUGGUGCUGGAAGUAGUAACAGUUAUGGUGUUUACAGCAUCCGCAACCAGGAGAACCGCACUUCGCUGGAGUUGUGCUGGUUCCAGAAAGAGCCUGCCCUUUAUGUUACUGUCCACGGCUACUUCCUUGUUACCUUCCUCUUCGGCGCUGUGGUGCUGGCUUUGGUGGCCUGGAAGAUCUUCACUCUACCCAGUGUCACAGCGGGCAAAGGACAGGGGCCAACCUGGAAGUCAGUCCUAACUGUGCUGGGCCUCUCCAGCCUGGUGGGUAUGACCUGGGGGCUGGCUGUUCUCACCCCCCUUGGCUUGUCCACCGUCUACAUCUUCACCCUCUUAAACUCUCUGCAAGGACUCUUCAUCUUCUGCUGGUUCAUCAUUCUCUACUUCCCAACUCAGAGCACCACAGCCUCCUCCUCUGGCACUGCCCGCAUGGACCAGGCCCACUUUGUGUCCCAGGAGUAGUCUAUAGGUGACUGCAGUUGCCUCUCACCUCUGGCUGGUUUGUGUGACUUGAACAGCUACCUACUUCCUUCUGGACUCCAUUGCCUUCUCUGUACAUGGUGUCUAAGGAGGGAGAGGAUGGGGACCAAGCUGGGCCAUGUGGCUUCAAAGUUCCCAUUCAGGAGGCUGGAGACAUGACUUGUAGAAGAUACUGGUUCAGUUCCCAGCACCCACAUGGCAUCUCUCAGCUGUCUGUGAUUCUGGUUCUAGGAGAUCUGACACUCUCUCUCCUCUAGCCUCUGAAGGGCACCAGGCAUGAGGUGCUGCAUAUAUACAUGUGCAGGCAAAAACACUCAUACAUAUAAAAAGAAAUUAAAAAAAUAUUCUAAAAGCUCCCAUUCAGAUGUGUUCAUGGGUCCAAAAAACCACAAAUGCAGAUCUGCAGGACUCAAAGGUCCCUAUAAAGCCUUGGAGCCCCUGCCAACAGUGUUAUCUUUACGCCUGUUGCUAUGAUGACAGAUCUCUAGACCUAAGCAGCUGUUUUCACAGGACCACCUCUAAUUUCACCAGGAGCCUGAGUCAAAGAGGGUAGAGUUGGUGAGACCCGUUAAAGAAAGUCCAAGCUUUCCCUCUUCCCCUGUCACUCCUCUGAGGAACACUCGGGAGGCCAUUGCUCUGUAUGUACUAAGGGAGCGGAGGAUAGUGGUAGAGGCAGGCAGAUUUCUGAGUUCCAGGCCAGCCUGGUCUACAGAGUGAGUUCCAGGUCAGCCAGGGCUACACAGAGAAACCAUGUCUCAAAAAACAAAAAAACAAAACAAAACAAACAAACAUAAAAGAACUCCUUUGACUUUCUUGCUGGGCAAUGGGUGGCGCACGCCUUUAAUCCUAACACUUGGGAGGCAGAGGCAGGUGGAUUUCUGCGUUCAAGACCAGCCUGGUCUACAGAGUGAGUUCUAGGACAGCCAGGACUACACAGAGAAACCCUGUCUCGAAAAAAAUAAAAAACAAAAACCAACCAAUCAACAACAACAAAAAAAAGGGAGUAGAGGAUAGUUUUGUUUAGGGCUAUGAUCAUCUUUGCUGCCCAGUCGGCUCGUCCUCAUUGCUUACUGCGCCAAUGAGGGUUGAGGUCCUUCUCGGUGCCCAGGACACUUGUAGAAAAUGUCACUGAGCAAGGAAGCUUCCAGCAACAUCCCCCACCACUUGUCCUACUUGGCUGCCAGGCGUGUGGUGCAAUUCUGAUCUGCUGUCAUUGUCGGGGCAGAGGUAGAGAUCCAGAGCUCGAGGCAUGCCUGCUCCAUCUAUCUACGGCUGAGGGGGAAAGGAGAGAAUAGGCAGCUCUUCCCCACCAUGUCUGUACUCUGGACAGCCUUACCAACCAUUUCAACCCAGCCUGAACAUCAGGCCUGGCCAUGCCAAGCUAAUAACUGUCACACAUUUAAAUAAACACAUAAUUGUUGGCUGAGCAAA